UUUUUUACUUUACUCCCGUCAUGAUAAUUCACCUCGUGGACCGUCUGCUCUCCGGCUGUAUAUGUGAGGCUGAUGAUGCGUGCACGUAGAUAUCAUGACAGGGAAAGGAAAGGAAUUUUCUCUGAAUGAAACAACGUCAGCGCACGGGGAAAGCUCCGGUGGGUGAAGCCGCCCUCGUCAAGUGAUCGAUAGCACCUGAAACUCUGCCGACCGGCUCCUCUGCACCGCAGCGCCGGCAGCUCAUGCAGACCGACGCCCCUCUCCCUCCACGCCGCUACCGGCUGAGAGAGCAAGGAGUCCGGUGCGCCAUUCGACCGCAUGCACGCCAUGGAUGCGUGCUCGUGCUGCAGAGGGCAGACCUGGCAAGCUGGCGCAUGUCUGGAGAGUGAACCGGAAAUGGAGUAUGGCAGAAGAAACAAGACAGCUUUCAGGAUUCAAGUAGAGAGAGUGUACGAAGCAGUCAUGAAGGAGUCCGGGCUGAAUGAUCUGGAGGGCAAACACUUGGCUAAGAGAGCCAAGCACCACCACAACAACACUGGUGACGGCAGCAGCAGCUCGGAGGAGGCCUCCGACAGUGAUGACCACGUCCUGGAGAACAUGCCCACUAACCACAUGAACAGCUCUCUGACGUCUCUGUACCGGAAGGGACACCCUGACUCCAGCACCGGCUCCCCCAGGAGAGAUCAGCCUGCUGCUGGCGGUCUUGCCGGCACGGCCGGCCUCCCUCCCACUGCAGGGACGCUGGUUUCCACAGGAGGCUGGUUCAUCGAUCGAGGCAGAGGCCCCGAGAAGAGCGACGUCUUCAUCGACCUGUGUGAAGAGGAGCCAACUAAUACAGCAACAAAUCAGAAGGACGUGUCCAAACUGGAGCCUGAGAAAUCUCACAAAAAGUCAAAGAAAAAGAUGAAGGUCUCCUCUGAACCUCCCGAGUCUCGCACCGGGAAUAAGAAAGCUAAAUCCAGGUCCCAUGAACUGCAGUAUCCCAGUCUGAGGUUUGAAGAUGUCGGAGGUAACGAAGAGACGUUAACGGAGGUGUGUAAGCUGCUGAUCCACCUGCGUCACCCAGAGGUGUACCAGCAGCUGGGGAUGGUUCCUCCGAGGGGCUUCCUCCUCCACGGACCUCCUGGCUGUGGAAAGACCCUGCUGGCCCAGGCUGUGGCCGGGGAGCUGCAGCUGCCGAUGUUGAAGGUGUCUGCUCCGGAGCUGGUGUCAGGAGUAUCUGGGGAGUCUGAACAGAAGCUCAGAGAGCUGUUUGAGCUGGCUGUGAGCUCUGCCCCGUGUAUCCUGUUCAUAGAUGAGAUAGACGCCAUCACCCCGAAGAGAGAGGUGGCUUCUAAAGACAUGGAGAGGAGGAUCGUAGCCCAGCUGCUAACCUGCAUGGACGACUUGAACAGUCUGACAGUGACAGCUCAGGUCCUGGUCAUCGGUGCCACCAACAGGCCAGACUCCCUGGACCCCGCCCUUCGCAGAGCCGGACGCUUCGACAGAGAGAUCUGCCUGGGUAUCCCUGAUGAAGCGGCUCGUCUCAGGAUCUUGAAGACGUUGUGUCGAAAGCUGAAGCUGCCGGAGGACUUUAACUACCAGCAACUGGCCCGGCUCACCCCGGGCUACGUGGGCGCAGACCUCAUGGCUCUGUGCCGCGAGGCGGCCAUGAGCGCCGUAAACCGGGUUCUGCUGGAAGUAAGAGGACCGAGCCAAAGCCGGAGCUCUGCUGAAGAGCUGUUAACCAGCAGAGGUCAGACUGAGGCUGCUGGGACAGUCGGAGAAGUGCGAGAGGGCCGAGAGGUCGGAGAGCAGCACACAGCAGACAUCAACCUGGUACCUCAGGAAGAGUCAGGACAGAACCACCUGCAGCAGGGGGAGCUGUGGCACCUGCUGCAUUUACUGAAGGACAUGGAGAUGCUGUCGGAGGAGGAGCUGGCCGGCCUAUCCAUCCUCAUGUCAGACUUCCAGGCCUCUCUGGCCAGCGUCCAGCCCUCAGCCAAGAGGGAGGGCUUUGCCACCGUGCCCGAUGUCAGCUGGGAGGACGUGGGAGCCCUGCAGGACAUCAGAGAGGACCUCACCAUGGCCAUACUGGCUCCGGUGCGUUCUCCAGAACAGUUCAGAGCUCUGGGGCUCAGUGCUCCCUCUGGGGUGCUGCUGGCUGGACCUCCAGGAUGUGGAAAAACACUGCUGGCCAAGGCUGUGGCCAAUGAGUCAGGCCUCAACUUCAUCUCUGUCAAAGGUCCAGAGCUGCUCAACAUGUAUGUGGGAGAGAGUGAGCGGGCUGUCAGACAGGUCUUCCAGAGAGGACGUAACUCGGCACCUUGUGUCAUCUUCUUUGACGAGAUUGAUGCUCUGUGUCCUCGCCGCUCAGGCCAUGAGUCAGGAGCCAGCGUGCGGGUGGUCAACCAGCUGCUCACGGAGAUGGACGGCUUAGAGAGUCGACGGCAGGUCUUCAUCAUGGCUGCGACCAACAGACCAGAUAUCAUCGACCGGGCCGUACUGAGGCCAGGUCGUCUAGAUAAAACCUUGUAUGUGGGUCUGCCACCUCCAGCAGACCGCCACGCCAUCCUGCUCACCAUAACUAAGGGAGGGACCAGACCUCAGCUGGAGCAGGAUGUCUCUCUUGAAGAGAUCGCCUUGGAUGAGCGCUGUGAUUGCUUCAGUGGAGCUGACCUGACUGCGUUGGUGAGGGAAGCAUCUGUUAAUGCCCUGAGGGCCUACCUGCAGUCCCAGCCCCCCCCAGCUUCUUCUCAUGGUCACACAGGUCACACGUCCUCCUCUGGCUCUGUGGCUGACAUCAGAGUGAGCAAACACAACUUUGAUGAUGCCUUCAAGAAAGUUCGUCCAUCUGUGUCCAAAAAGGACCAGAAGAUGUACGAGCAGCUCAGGGAGUCCCUCAACAGAUAACCACCACACCGGAACCGUGGAACCAGCAACAGUUCAACUCUGACUUUAGUUAUUGAUGAAUAAUAAUUAUGAUGUCAUGUAUGUUUACACAUUUUCUGAUGGUUUCAUCUUAAUACUGAUUCCUGCUUUUCUAAUAAAAACUGUGAGUAGAAACCA